AUGACUACCAGCCCCAGAGCAAAGGGCCUGGAGCAAGCGGAAUGGGGAGGGGAGGUGGGCAGUGGUGCAGGAGCCCUAAGCUGGAGCCCAAAGGCCAACAUUUGUGUCCUUUUUCUGCCCCCAAGAUGUCCCUGUGUCGCUAGAGAGCUGCGGCUGCAGCUGGAGUCCUCUCAGGCCACCGUGACAAUGCUGCAGAAACAGCUGGCCGAGCAUCAGAGGGAGGCUCAGGCUGCACAGCUGCAACUACAGGAGCAGAGACAAGAGAGAGAAAAACUUCUGGUCAAGCUGGAGGACCAGAGGCGAGACCUGGAACGCCGCAAAGCCUCUGAAGAGAUGUUGGGAAGGGAAAAGGAGGCCUUGCAGACCAGGAUGCAGGAUCUGACUCAAAGAGCAGAUCUUUCCUCCCUGGAAAUAGAAAGACUCAAAGCCACCAACACAGAACUGCAGAGACACCAGGGUCUCUUGGAGCAGCAGGAAGAGGAGAUGUUGAGGAAAGAGGAGAGGAGUCAAAAGGAGUUGGAAGCCGGCCAGAGGAGCCUGAAGCAAUUAGAGGAGAAGAUCUCGGGCCUGAAGCAAGAGCUGGUGACGGUGAAGGAGUCCCUGAACCAGGCAGUCCUGGAGAAGGAGGUCCUGGAGAGCCAGAAGGAAGGCCUCCGCUGCUCUCUCGCCCAGGUAGAGGCCAGCAGCGCCCAACUAGAGUCACAAAUAACCAAGAUGAGAACUGAAGACACAGAACGAAGGGACUCCUUGGUCAAGAUGGCAGCCCUGACGGAGAGCCUGGCUCAAGACAAGGUCAGCCUGAACCGGGUGAUCCUACAGUUGGAACAGGAGAAGAACCAGUGGCUAGACCGGCAAUGGCAACUGGAACAAGAGGUGAGCCGCCUUCGGGAUCAGCUUGCUCAUCUGAGUCAGGAGCUGGACCACAUCCAGAGGGAGAAGCAGGGUCUAGAUCAAAGCUUGCAGAUGGCAGAGGAGGAAAGGGGGAACCUGGAGGAAGAGAUGACACUGCUUCAGAGAGAGAAAGUCCAGCUUCAUGAGCGACUUAUGCAGGUAAGCUGUCAGAAGCAUACUUUGGAAGGACAACUAGACCACAGCCAGCAAGAGAUAAAGAUGCAUGCUGACACUCUCCAGCAAACCAUACUAGAAAAAGAAGAAAUAUCUAAGGAAAAAAUACGACUUGUGGCGGAACACACAUCCUUGGAAAGACAGAAUCGAGUCCUGGUAGAGGACAGGGCUGCUUUCAGUCCCAUCACGGGCCACGUCUCGGUCCCUCAGCCUCCACAAGGUCUCUUGCCUCGGCUCCCUCCAUUAUUCUCACCAGCCUGCUCCCAGAUGGCAUCAUCCCUCACCUUCAGCCUCCUCAUCACCUUCCCUGUUCCCAGUGUCUCCCUUCUGUCCCCCAGAAGCUGCCAAACUGAUACCUGCAAAGGCAGCUCCGACCCCGUCCCUUCCCCUCCCAGAAGCCUACGCGUCUCCCCACUGACUCCGACACCCAAAAGAACACCUUGA